CAAUGUGUGGUUCUAAUGCCAAAGGCAUUUGACACCUAUGUUGUUUUGAAAGUUCAAAACCUGAAAGGCACUACAAUAGAAAGAAGGGGAAGUGAACCUUGCUGGGAGCAGGACUUCAUGUUUGAAAUUGGCGCUGGUGAAAAAGGCUUCACUGUAGAACUGUGGAAGAAGGGUUUGCUCUGGGAUAGCAUGCUAGGAGUUUUAUGGAUUCCUCUUUCAUCUGUGGAACACGCGACAGACGAAGGUCCAGGUGCCUGGUGGACGCUGCAUUCCAAAGUAAUAAAGAAUGGAAUUGAGAUUCAAGGCACAAAAACCCCAACUUCACAUGAGCUCUUACUGGACGUCUACUUUGCAAUACCAUUUGAUGUGCAUGAAGAUGUAGAUUACAGAGGCUGCAAUAGGGGGAUGUUACUUCAAGGAACAAAACAUUCACAUAAAGAUGCAUAUGAUGGUCUGUCAUUGCUGGAAAGUGGUCUCAUCAAACAAGAAAACAAGUUAAGGUCAUCACAACAGUUUAUAUAGCCAGUCAAUAAAGCAGCCUGGGGAACCAUUCUGUAUGUAAAUGGAGCAUGUUUUGCCAGGUUAAUUUUCAUUCAGCCCAGCUCUGUAGCCCAUUUGACUUGGCAGAUGCUCAAAUGUUUUGUGGCAGCAUGAAAAAACAAUAGGAAUGAGCAGGGGCAGACAUUGCUUACUCCAGCGUUUUGUCAGAGGCUCAACAAGUCUAAAUAAUGAGAUGCACACUGAAGCAUGGAACAGGUAAAGUUUCUCACAGAACUGUGAAUCGAUCUCUCUUGCAACAGGAGGAAUUAAACAGUCUGUUACUGCUGUUUGCAUUAUCCUUAUUUUCUGGUUUGUGGUUCAAAAGCAGUAUGCUGCCUGCAUGAUGCUUAAUUUUGAAGUGUAGAAGGUGUUAAAGCUGAUAACUGUAGGAAAAAUGUAAGUAUUUCUAAGAGUGCUUAAGUGGGACAGCAAAGUCGACAGACAGUUGAUUUUUAUUAUGCUCUGGUGCAAAGCUCUAUGUGGCUAAACAUUGAGGUUACUUCAGUGGUGUUAAAAAUUCAGAAACUUGCAGUGUUUGCUGUCAGAGAGAAGACAGAAGCUAUUGCAUUAUUAAGGGAUGUAUUCUCUGAAGGUAUAACGUGUACAUACUUAAGACCUCUUCAUGUAUGGUAAAAGCUGUAGUUCUGACGUAGGUUCAACAAAGAAUUACUGCUAAGCACGAGUUAGCAAAAAAGGUGAUCAAGCUCAUGAGUAGAAAGUAUACAUAUGCAGGGUGCUAACAGCAUUAUUUUUCUGGUUGUUAUCUUUUCUUUUUGCAUUUACCAGCAAACUCCUGCAGCAUAUUAGUGGAUAAGUACAACUGCAUCCUUAGUGUGAGGAAUGUCAGUAAUUCAAGAGCAGUUUCACUUUGUUUUUCUAAGAAUGUGUGCAGUCAUUAACAUAUUGUCUGGGCUGGCGCAUCUUUUUCAACAGAUCUGAGCCCUGAGCAGAUUAAUCUAAAUGAAAGUAACUUAAUCUGUCCUGAUAACGAAAUUAUUUCCUUAGCCUUUUUGUCCCAGAUGAUCUUUUUGAAUUAGCUUUUGUGUUACUAAAUUAAGAAUUAUCAGUAAAUUACAAGGUAAUAAUUUAAAACGGAAAUGUUUUCAUAUACUUAGAGGCAUCUUUCAAAGAUUAUCCAGAAAGGUUAUACUAGUUUUAAAGAUUAAAAUAGCUGUGAUUUACAUAUUAAAAAAAAAAAACCCUACAUUUGUACUAAUGAAAUACAUCAGAUAACCCUGUGAUGAGUAAUUAAAUUAGAUUUUGUUGUGAAUGCACCAAAUUGAUUGUAUCCUGUAAAUACUUAAGGUUUUCUGUGUAUAAAGCUCACUUUCUAUUCUUUAUAUUAGUCCAUUCUUUACCCUGGUUUGUCAGUCCUUUGGACUUCCAUGCGUACAGUGUUUAUGGCUGUUGACUCUGGAUAUAGACUGCUAAUUUAGUGUAACUGAUCAACUUUUUCCUGCAAGUCAUAAACUAAACACAUUUGGCUGUGUAUAGUUACCAUAUGAGAAAUCAAUGUUUUCAUUUUGUCUGUGGGGUUAGUAUCUAUUGCUCAAUUCUGGUGCUAGCCAGAAUAUGGAUAUCAUGGUAAUUUUUCUGUCGUUGAGAUACAUUGCGAUGUUCUACAUAUAUUUCUAGCCAUGUGUUUUUUACAACAGAAUGUCUGGAAAACAGCAUAUAAUUUUAAAAUACAAAUUCUGAAGAACGUCAUAGUGAAUAAGCUUUUCAUGUAAUUGUCUGCUGAUACUUUAGGGAAGGUACGUGUAUAAGUAUGAGGUACUCUUCAAUUAUGCUGAAUAUACAAUUCAGUACAAUGACACAUAUACAGUAUGUAUGCUUCCUUUGUGUACUUAACAUAUCAAUCUGCUACAUUAACAGAAUGUGAUGAUGUUGCCCUAAGGAGAGGAGUUAGUACUGUAGAUAAUUGACUUAAGUACAUACCAGAUUGAAAGAUUGAAUUCAUAAAGAUCUUUACAUGAAAACCAUACAUUCUAUGCACAGAGGAGGUAUACUGGGAUAAAAAACAUCUGUGCAGUACCGGGAUCCUUGCAACCUAAAACAUAUGAAGGCUAAAAAUUGCACGAGAGAUGUUUGUAUCUGCUAAGUUUAUGGUAUCUCUUCGGGAGAUGCUUCAUUUAACUGAUGCUCUAGGAUAGAAAUAUUCUUAGAAUUGAAAUGAAUCCUUUAAUCAAUUCAUAAUGCAGAAUAAUCAGAACAGUCUGUUUCUUAAACUGUAUGACUACUGUUUGAAACAAAAGAACUACAGUGAAAAGGUACACUAAAUAAAUGCUGAGCAAUAUAUAGGCUUUUGUCCUAUUUAUGAAAGAACUUAGUUAUUCAGAUUUAGGAAGUGUUAAAAAUGCAGUAUUUUAAAAAUACUAAUCUAAUAUGUUAGAUAGUGUUAAUGCUGGGGUCAACAGCUAAUCAGUUGAACAAAAGUACAGCACAGUUGUGAAUCACAAACUGAAACAAAAGGCAUUGCAUUGACAAGGUGCAUGUCCAAACCAACAAAAAUUAAAUGAAGUCUAAAGCAUUAGAGUAACACAGAUGAAUAUUAUUGUAAAACAAAAAUCUUUAACGUGUUCUCAAUGCAGAAAUAUAAAUCAUAUGACAAUGAAAAGGACUUGCUGAUUUAUAUAUAAGAAAUAACAAAAAAAAAGUUGUUCUUCAGGUUUAUUAUUCCACCUGCACUGACAUCUGGGUAGAUGUAUGCAUAUCCUUUAUUUCCAGUAUGAAUAUAUGAAUGCAUAACAAAACCACAGCAGGCCUAUGUAAACCUGAAGGACAAAGUUGGGCCUGAGUAUUUGGUUCUACAGCAUUUGGUUUUCUGAUUUUGUGUUUUCUGAACUAAUGUGUAUGAGAUGAACUGCUGAGUGUUAGAGAGGUGUACUACCAAAACUGGGAAGCAUUAUCUCUGUGUUGAUUUAGACAAGAACUUUGUUAAAAUAGUAUUCAUUAAACCAAGGUGAUUAGAUAGUAACAUACUGAUUAUUUAUAACAUAGUUGAAAACUGAAAAGAAUGCUUAAAUGUGAUAAAUUGAGUUUUAAAAGGUUUUUUUUUUUUUUUAAGUUUGAAACAUCCUGAAAGGCAUGCAGUCUCUUAAACAUAUUUAAAAAUAAGGAAGACUUGCUUCUAUGGGAUUAGUAUUUACUAAGGUCUGAAUUCAUUUGAAGUGAUUGCUUUACAGCCAUUUGUCCAGUAAGCUGCUUAGUUAUUCACAUACAGAUGACAAAAGAAUGCA